AGCCUUCCUAUCACGGUGUCACAUGUGACAGAGCAGAACAACAAACACAGAUGGAGGGACUUCGACUGAGGACACGCACCUUCCUCUCUGUUCCUCUCUCCUGUCUUUUCCCAUCAUUUCCUGCUCUUUGCUUUCAGCAACUUAUUACCCUGUUCUCUUACUAAUGUCGGAUUCUCUUUCUGUCAAAAGUUCUUUAGUGCAGCUUGUCGGCUACGUCUUUUUUUUUUUGACGAGACUCAUCGCUGCUUUGCCUGUGCUUUCUGCUUUUAAUGUUUCUUCCUCUAACUUCCCUCUCACUUCUGCUUCAUCGCACCUUCCUGACUAAGCUUUUUCUUAGCAACUAGUCCUCUUUUUGACUAUUUCUCCGUAGGUUUCGCUCUCUCUCUCUCUCUCUCUCACUUUCUCUCUCUCAAUCUCUUAUCCUCUCACCUACUAUCUUUUGGAUGGAUAGUUACUCCCUACUCUACAGUUCCUCCCACAGAACCAGGCUUCUCUCCGGCUUCCAGCGUCUGCGCUCUCAGAGAAACAUGUGUGAUGUCGUCCUAGAGGCCGGCGGUGUGUCUUUUCCUUGUCAUCGCGCCCUUUUGGCCAGCUCCAGCGAGUAUUUUUGGGCUCUGUUUGGAGAGACUACCGCGGAGAGAUUAGCUGGCUCCAUCAGCCUCCCGGCGCUAACACCUGAGGGUUUAAACGUCAUUCUGGACUUCCUGUAUUCGGGCUGGCUCAAUGUAUCACCGCCAACACUUCCUGUUGUCUUGGAGGCAGCCAGGUACUUGCAGGUGGAGACGGCUGUGUCAAUAUGCGAGCGCUUUCUGACUGAUGGUUUAAACGCUGAGAAUUGCUGUUGCUAUGCUAACCUGGCCGAGCAUCACGCCCUCUUAGACGCACUUAAAGCUGCCAAUGAAACCAUCGCUAUGGAGAUGGGGACACUGCUGCAGGAACGCAGGGAUGACCUUCUCGGGCUGAAUAUCCAAACGAUGAUGGCGGUGCUCGAUGCUGACGAAAUACCUGGUGUCAAAGAGGUGGAGCUUAUAAAGCUGGCUCUGGAUUGGCUGGAUGAGAAUGGACCCCUCCCUCUGCUGAAAUCAAAUCUUCUGCUGAGUCGUCUGCGCUUCGGAUUGGUCGCCCCCUCUGACCUGACCAAUAUGAACCACGCCCACAAAGCCAUGGCCACACCUCUCAUCAGAAGUCAACUUACCCGGGCGUUGGAGUACCACAGGCUGGGUUCUGCUCAGCCAAUCAGACAGAGCAAACAGUCCACGCUCAGAGCGUCGCCCAAUCGGGUGCUACUUGUGGGUGGAGGAUCCAGCCCUGAUUGGCCGGAACAGCAAAUGUUGGCGUUUGAUCCUACAAGUAGGAAGUUUUCAUCCCUGAGCACCAGCGUCCCGCUGCGACUGAGAAAUCACUGUGCGUGCUCAGUGGGUGGUUUCCUCUUCGUGGUCGGAGGAGAAGAAGUGAAAGAGGGAGACGAGGAUGGGAAAAAGUCAGUCACCGUGGCGACGUCCAACCAGGUGUGGCGCUACGAUCCUCGCUUCGUCUGCUGGGAGACGGUGGAGUCGAUGCUGGAGAGGCGGGCGCGGUUCACCUGCUGCGUCGUGGAGGAUGCCAUUUACGCCAUCGGGGGACGACGCACAGGACCAGACGGCAACACACACACCUCGGUAGCUUCUGUUGAGUUUUACGACAUGACCACAGGAGCGUGGAGGAGAGGAGCAACGAUGCCUCGCCCCCUUUAUGGCCAUGCUUGUGCUGUGCUUGACAACAGCAUCUACGUGUCAGGUGGUGUCCCGGGCAACCAGGGCGGCAGUAACCCUAUUGAUAACCAGGAUGACCACAGAGCGAGCAGCAGAGAAGUCUUGUUCUGGGACCUCAAAGGCCGAGUCUGGGAAAAGCGAGCGUCCAUGUCCAUCGCCAGGUUCAGCCAUCGCCUGGCAACCGCCAACGGCCACAUCUACGCCCUGUUGGGAAUGUACGAGCCUUUCUGCGAUAUCGAACAAUACGACCCGCAGUCAGACCACUGGACGCGCCUUCGACCGCUUCUCAUUGGCUCCUUCAACUACGGGAUGGUGUCAACGCCGUCUGGGAAUCUGCUGGUGUUUGGAGGGAGGAGAUGGAGCAACGGACAGGAGGUGAUAGUGAAGAGCGUGUUGGAGUACGAUACAAAGAAAGAUCGCUGGAGAGAGAUCUGCCAGCUCCCCAGACCUCUCACUGGGACCGAGUGCACACUGCUGCCUCUACCAGACUGAAGUUCACUUAGUAUGAGAAAAUGUUAACAUGAAAGUGAGUGACGCAAAAUAGUCUCAAAAUAAUUACAACAGAGCACACAUGAAUAACAUUUUGGGGAACUGAAACUAUUACCGUAAUUUCCCAUUUUGGGAUCAAUAAAAAAAAUAACAAAAAUCUAUCGGCCAUGAAACUGUUCCAUCUCAUUUGAGAAGAACAGAUGUGCAUUAUUCCAGGAUAUUUACAAAAAUAUUUUAAACAAGUAGACUUAAAGAAUACUUAAAGAAACAAUUGACAAGUUGGUUAACAUAUUAUUUUUUGCUGAGAAUUAGAUGAAAAGAUUGAUACUACAUGGAGCUAAUACCAGGAGCUGGUUAGCUUAAAAUCAUUUUUACACUUUGGUUUUUGUAUGGAUGACACAAAUCACAUAUAAGCUUUACAGAUGCGUGUAGACAGAGUUGUUGCCUUUGGUCAGAGCUAGCUAGGCCAGCUGUUCCCCACUUCUUACCUGUCCUUGUGCUAAGCUACUCUUCUACUUCUUAUAGGAGUAGUUAGACAUUUUGGGAAAUAUACUUCUUUGCAUUUUUGCCGAGUGUUUGAUGAUAAGAUUGACACCACUGUCAUAUCUGUUAAAUAUGAAGCUAACCAGGAGAUAGUUAGCUUACUUUAACACAAAGCACAACUUUUUGUAAAACAUUUCGAUUAAACAAACAAUAUUAAAUUCAUUUGUGAGUUUUUGAGUUGUUUGUAGGCUGAUUUUGUUACCUUUGGACAGAGCUAGGCUAGCUGUUUCUCCCUGCUUGAAGUCUUUAUGCUAAGCUAAGCUACUCUACUACUACUUUUAGAAGAACAUUAACAUUUAGGUUCGUACACUUAUUCUCUUUUUUGUCGAGAGUUAGAUGAGAAGAUUGAUACCACUGUCUUGUCUGUGCGCUAAAUAUGAAGUUUAAGCCAAGAGGUGGUUAGCGCUUAGCAUGAAGCACAAGACCUCCCACAACUUGUCAUUUUUACAAUUCAGUUUUUGUACAGAUUUAGUAAACAAGAUAUACCAUGUUAAUAUGUGAGCUUAAGAGGUGUUUCUAAGCCUUUUUUUCCCCCUCCAGAUAAAAGCCAAGCUAGCUGUUUCCCCUGUUUCCAGUCUUUAUGCUAAGCUAAGCAAAACGUCUUUUGGAAAAACAUGUCAUGAAAAUGACACAGGAUAAAAGGUCUACUCACUGAUCUGACAGAUUGUUGCAAAGUACUGACAGAGGAAAAUAUUAAACUCUUUCGUUAUGCGUUUGUAUCAUCUACAGGCAUACAUUUAAGUAUUUAAGUAACCUUUAUUUAGCUAUACUCGAGAAGUCAUUGAGGGAUGGCCCUCAUUUACAAUGACAUCGAGACAAAUUACAAAGACAAAAACAAAACAACACAAAAAGGAAGCGACACCAUCAUGAGAAAAAUAGAUAGACACUUAAACUUUCUGAAUUGGAAAAAUGAUUUGAUAAAUAAAUUAGGAUAAUAAGGAUGCAAAAGAAAGUACAAUUAUGUAAAGCAAUUACAGUACAAGUAGAAGUUUGCAGGUUUAAAACCAGAUUUCUAAAUUGUCCAAAAGGUACAAGUGAGUUGAUUUUAAGGAAGUGCUGUAAUUUGAUGCAGGAGUCAGAAUUACAAGCAACCACUAGUGAGAAGUGAUAUACAUGGUGUUCUGUCAACGAUACUCCUGUGACCGAAUGUGACAAUGUUCUAAGAGAAGAAAUAAAACAAGAGCUAAGGAGGGAUGCAAAAGGGGAUUUUGACAACAAGCAGAGGAGGAGGUGGGACGAAGGUAAUUCCUGAACAAAUGAGUUUUCAAGAGGAGGUUGAGCCAGGCUGCGGAGGAGUCUAUCACCACGUAAGAUGGAACAGAGAAGAAGUUAAAACAGGAGAUAAGGGGAUGAAGGUGGAGGAGGACAUCUUUGUAAUAAAAACAACAGCAAAGCUAAGCUGAAUAUUUUAUGGAAGAUAAAAGUCCGAUGCAUGUGACAUUCCUGUUUAUUUACUAGUGAUGAAUAAUUUAGGUUUUCUGUGAGAUAGAUAUAGAAAUAGAAGCAAACCAAGGAUAUCGAGUGACCUUUUUUUCUGUCUUGUUUUCCAUCUGCACUGACAACUUAAUGGACGAAGUAGGUUUAAGCUGCAGGUUUAAAAAAAAACAGUAGCGGGAAAUCGUAUGCAUGAUUUGUUGAUAAUAGCUCGGUAACCUGCUGGAGUUUAUCAUGGACUUUUGUGCUUGCUUCCAUUUAAUCCUGAAUACUGUCUGCAUACACAUUAUUUAUUUAACAUGUUUUAUUAUUUGUGAAGGUAAAACUGGAUUCAAAAUGAAUGUGGUGUUGCAUUAUAUCCCAUGGUUUUCAAAGAAAAUAUGUAUAAAAUAAUCUUUUUUGCACGGGUACGUACUUCAAAACUUAUACAGGCAACUUAAAAUAUUUUCUAUACAAAUCAUAGUGUGGACUUUUCAGUUGCCUAUUAUUGUCAAAACCUUGUUGAAUUUAAUGUAGAUUUUGCAGUAUUGUACAAUUAAACAUUCCAAUUGGUCAUUAUAAUUUAAAAUAAUGUUUAUGUAUUAUGAACUCUGA